AGAACGAGCGAGAAAGAGAGAGAGAGACAGAACGAGAGAGAGUGAGAGAGAGACAGAACGAGAGAGAGUGAGAGAGAGACAGAACGAGAGAGACACAGAGAGAGAGAGAGAGAGACAGAGAGAGAGAGAGAGAGACGAGAGAGAGACAGAGAGAGAGAGAGACAGAGAGAGAGAGAGAGACAGAACGAGAGAGAGAGAGAGAGGGGGGGGAACGCUACACCCUCCCAGCAGCUGUCUCUGAUCCAACAUCUGUGUGCGCCGCUUCUCCUGUUCUCUCCAUCCAUCCUUUUGACUCGCUCCUCAAGCCAAUUAGAUCAUGAACAUGCUGUGUGCUUGUUGCUAGGGGGGGAAAGAGACCAAGAAGAGUGGACCAUCCGAUACUUUGUUGCUAAGCCUCCAGUGACAGAAGAAGAAAGAGUGCAAGAGAACAACGGAGAGGGACUGAAAGAGAGAGAGCAAAGGAUAAAGAGAACAAGAGAAGACAUCAGUCAGUUACAGUAUGAACCAGUCCAGCCAGGACCCGAGUGGAGUGGGGACAGCAGACCCUGAUGAGGAAUCUCCCAACAUGAUCGUCUACAGAAAGAUUGAAGAGAUAGUGACCAGUAUCCAGGAUGAGACUGAGGGCGUUCCCAUCAGAACUGUCAAGAGCUUCCUGACCAAGAUACCCAGCGUCGUCACAGGUGCAGACAUAGUGCAGUGGCUGAUGAAGAACCUAGCCAUUGAAGAUCCAGCUGAGGCGAUGCACAUCGGGAGUCUGAUUGCUGCUCAGGGAUAUUUCUUCCCCAUCUCUGAUCACGUCCUGUCACUCAAAGAUGAUGGAUCCUUCUAUCGCUUCCAGGCUCCAUAUUUCUGGCCUUCUAACUGCUGGGAACCAGAGAACACAGACUAUGCUAUCUAUCUGUGCAAGAGGACCAUGCAGAACAAGACUCGUUUGGAGCUGGCUGAUUAUGAGGCGGAGAACCUAGCCAGACUACAGAGAGCCUUCACUAGGAAGUGGGAGUUUAUCUUCAUGCAGGCCGAGGCUCAAGUCAAACCCACAGAGAGUCAAGAAGUCAGUGUAUGGUCUGAUAGACGAGGGUCAGUCUCAGAGCCCUGUACACACACCAUCACAAAUAGCCAGAAAAGGCACCAAAGCGGACGUGGAGAAAGAGAUUGUGUUUCUGAACAACCAGUUGGACCGACACUGUAUAAAGGUUUCUAAAGUCGCUGAGAGUCUAAUGAGUUACACAGAGCAGUACCAGGAGUAUGACCCGUUUGUGAUGUCACCAGAACCUUCCAACCCCUGGACCAGUGACGACCUCUCAUUCUGGGACCUGGAAGCCAGUAAGGACCCCAGUCAACAGAGGGUGAGGAAGUGGGGUUUCUCUCUAGAUGAAGCUCUGAAGGAUCCGGCAGGACGAGACCAGUUCCUCAAGUUCCUGGAAUCAGAGUUCAGCUCAGAGAACCUACAGUUCUGGUUGGCGGUGCAGGAUCUGAAGAGGCAGCCCCUGGAGAACGUGGCAGAACGGGCUCAGGAGAUCUGGACAGAGUUUCUGGCAGAAGGCGCUUCCAGCUCCAUCAACCUGGACUCACACAGCUACGAACGCACCAGCGCCAACCUUAAAGACCCGGGACGAUACAGCUACGAAGACGCUCAGGACCACAUCUAUAAGCUGAUGAAGAGUGACAGCUACACACGGUACCUGCGCUCCAACGCUUACCAGGAGCUGCUGAUGGCCUGGAAGAAGCCUGAGACGGAGCAGCAGCAGGGAAGACGCACCUCUCUGGAGAAGUUUACACGCAGCGUGGGCAAGUCACUGACGGGCAAACGGCUGACAGGCCUGAUGCAGUCGUCCUGACCAGGCCUGGGGCUGGAGUAAGACAGCCAUGCCCAGAGGAUCUGCUCUGCUGUGGGGAGAGGGCUGGAUGUUGAUGCUGAGAGGCCUAACUAGGGCCUGGACACAACGUCACCUACAUAACUGACUCCAGAUCAGUUCAGUUCCCUGAGCUCCAGUGGAGGACAGACAGCAUGCAAUAGGUCACCUAGAUCUGAUACGGGGACAGUGCUGUCUUUGUCUGUUUCUCAAAUGUCACUCUAUUCCCUAUAUAGUGUACUACUUUUGACCAGAGCCCUAUUUUGACUAGUUUGUCCAUAGGGCUCUGGUCAAAAGGUGUGCACUAUAAAGGGAAUAGGUUGCCAUUUGGGAGGUACAUAUUGUGUAGUUUAUCGACAUAUAACUCUAUCCAAUACUCUCUGUCUUACUUAGGUUCCUUUAAUCGAUUCUAGAACCAAAUGGAAUGUUAUAUAACUCGAUCCAAUACACUCUGUCUCACUUAGGUUCCUUUAAUCGAUUCUAGAACCAAAUGGAAUGUUAUAUAACUCUGCCUGCUUCUCUCUGUCUCACUUAGGUUCCUUUAAUCGAUUCUAGAACCAAAUAGAAUGUCAGACUUGUUCUACUGUAGCUCGGCUUAUAUUACUACAGUAUAGUAGCUUAUUGUAACGAUUACACAACUCUUUUGUUCAAUUCCAGAAACAUUAAAAUGCUUAAAACUUG